CUCCAAAACAUCAUCUCAUAAACCAAAAAACCACAAAUCCAAUAUUUGAUUAUUUCUCAUUACAUCACCUCUUUUUGUAACCAUGAGUCUUCUUACAGAUCUCAUUAACCUUGACCUCUCAGACAGCACUGAGAAAAUCAUCGCUGAAUACAUAUGGGUUGGUGGCUCUGGAAUGGAUAUGAGAAGCAAAGCCAGGACUCUACCUGGACCAGUGACCGAUCCAUCAAAACUCCCGAAAUGGAAUUACGAUGGUUCAAGCACUGGCCAAGCUCCUGGUGAAGACAGUGAAGUGAUCUUAUACCCUCAAGCGAUUUUCAAAGAUCCGUUCCGUAAAGGCAACAACAUUCUUGUCAUGUGUGAUGCUUACACUCCUGCGGGUGAACCGAUCCCUACGAACAAGAGACAUGCUGCAGCUCAGAUCUUCAGCAACCCUGCUGUUGUAGCUGAAGUGCCUUGGUACGGGAUAGAACAAGAAUACACUUUGUUGCAGAAGGAUGUGAAGUGGCCUGUUGGAUGGCCCAUUGGUGGCUUCCCCGGUCCUCAGGGACCAUACUACUGCAGUGUUGGAGCUGACAAAUCUUUUGGGAGAGACAUUGUUGAUUCUCACUAUAAGGCCUGCUUGUAUGCCGGAAUCAACAUCAGUGGCAUCAAUGGAGAAGUCAUGCCUGGUCAGUGGGAGUUUCAAGUCGGCCCAUCAGUUGGAAUCUCAGCUGCUGAUGAAGUGUGGAUCGCUCGUUACAUUUUGGAGAGGAUCACAGAGAUUGCUGGUGUGGUUGUGUCUUUUGACCCAAAACCAAUUCCAGGUGAUUGGAACGGAGCUGGUGCUCACACCAAUUACAGUACUAAAUCGAUGAGAGAAGAAGGAGGAUAUGAGGUAAUCAAGAAGGCAAUCGAUAAGCUCGGGCUAAGACACAAGGAGCACAUUUCAGCUUACGGUGAAGGCAACGAGCGUCGUCUAACCGGACACCAUGAAACUGCUGACAUCAACACUUUCCUAUGGGGUGUUGCAAACCGUGGAGCAUCGAUCCGAGUAGGACGUGAUACUGAGAAAGAAGGGAAAGGAUACUUUGAGGAUAGGAGGCCAGCUUCAAACAUGGACCCUUACAUCGUUACUUCCAUGAUUGCAGAGACUACACUCCUUUGGAAUCCUUAAAGAAAGAUCCAAGAAAUCAAAAACCAACUUGGAUUUGCUUCCAUUGGAUUUCAAGUUUCUGAUUUUCUUCAGUUUAUUAAGCAUUUGUACCGGUUGAUACUGCCGGGGUUUGUGGUUUGGGGCCUUUCUUUUAAUCUCUUUGGGUAUUUGGGUUUGUUGUUGGAGCAAGUCAGGAUUUGCUCUGUUUCUUUGACCUUUAUUUCGUAUUUAUAUUAAUAACACGAUCUGAAAAGGCCUCUUCAUGUUUCAA